CGGGGGCGGGGCGUCGGGGCGGCGCGAAGAUGGCGGCGGUGAUGGCGGCGCCCGAGGCUGUGGCGGCGCCGAGCUCGCUGCUGCUGCUGGUGGUGGGCGGCGAGUGCGGCUGCCCGGGGCUGCUGGCCUGCGUCCUGGAGGAGCUGGAACGAGGUGUUCGCUCCUGGGAGGAUGUGGACCCCACCAUCUGCAGCCUGGAUGAGCAGCUCAAGACCUUUGUGUCCCGGCACUCGGCCACAUUCUCCAGCAUUGUGAAAGGCCAGCGGAGCCUGCACCACCGUGGAGAGACCCUGGAGACGCUGGUCCUGCUGAACCCUUCAGACAAGUCCCUGUGUGAUGAGCUCCGGAACCUCCUGAUGGACCCCGCCCCUCACAAACUGCUGGUGCUGGCCGGCCCCUGCCUGGAGGAGACCGGGGAGCUGCUGCUGCAGACCGGGGGGUUCUCGGCGCAGCACUUCCUGCAGGUGCUGGAGGACAAAGAGGUCCAGGACGCGCUGGCCUCGGCCCCCACGGCCCCCCCGGCCCUCACCGUGUCCUGCCCGACUUUCGGGGACUGGGCGCGGUUGGGCCCCUUGCCCGGGCUGCGGCUGCGACUGAACCCCCCCGCGCGGCUGCCGCCCUCCGAGGGUCUGCGGGCCUUCCUGGAGUACGUGGCCGAGUCGCUGGAGCCGCCGUCCCCCUUCGAGCUGCUGGAGCCGCCGGCCGCGGGGGGCUUCCUGCGCCUGGCGCGGCCCUGCUGCUACGUGUUCCCGGGCGGCCUGGGCGACGCCGCCUUCUUCGCCGUCAACGGCUUCACCGUGCUGGUGAACGGCGGCUCCAACCCCAAGUCGAGCUUCUGGAAGCUGGUGCGGCACCUGGACCGCGUGGACGCCGUGCUCGUGACCCACGCAGGGGCCGACAGCCUGCCUGGCCUCAACAGCCUGCUGCGCCGCAAAUUGGCGGAGCGAGAGGCGGCCGCGGGGCCGCAGGGAGAGCGCGAGGAAAGGCUGCGGCGUCUGCUGUCGCCCGCCCUGGGUGUCGUGUUCCUGAACGCACGCCAAGCGGCAUCUCGGCUGCGCGGUGGCGAGGACGAGGCGGUGUGCGCUCGGGGCCUGCUGCGGAGCCUGGGCAUCGCGCCCCUGCCGCUGCAGCGAGGCGCGCAGCCCGCGCAGCCCACCGUCCUGUUUGAGAAGCUGGGGGUCGGCCGCCUGGAGCUCUUUGUGCUGCAUCCGCCGCCCGGGGACCCCGCGGCACCCGCCUGCGCGCUGCUGGUGUGGCAGCCUGCGGCGCCCAGCGACAAGGUGGUGCGCGUGCUGUUCCCAGGCCGCACGCCGCCCGCACGCCUGCUAGACGGGCUGCAGCGGCUGCAGCACCUGCCGUGCCUGCGGCGGCCCGUGGUCACCGCGCGCGACUUGGAUGCGCCCGCCAGGGCUGACAGCCAGGACAGCCUGGCCUCCCGGGACAGCUCUCGCAAAGAGCAGGUCCGCAGCGCGGCCGUCAGCAGCUCCACCAGCAGGAGCGCGGUGCGGAAGGAGCCCGCUCCGCCCGUGCGGGACCUGAAGAAAGACCCACGGCCCGGGCCCACGCGGCCUACCGUCCGCGACACGCGCCGCUCCGGGCCUGGUGUCGCCAGCACGAAGCCUCGCACGGCACAGAACGGGCCUCGAGCCCCGGGUCCGGCGGGGCCGCCUGCAGCCCACGUGCCCAAGUGCCCAGGAGAAGCAGGGAGCAGCUCGGAGCCCGAGCGGCCGCCCGCCCCCUCCCCACCCCGGUCCCCAGCUCCGUCCCCACCUCCCACCGCACCCGGCAGUAGCCCCGAGCGCCUGUCUCUCAGCCCCCUGCGCCCAGAGCCGGCCCCGGACGCAUCCCCCUCAGCCACCACGCCCACAGCCACCACGCCCACGCUGACCACGCCCUCGCUGCCCGCGGAGCUGGGCUCCCCGCACUCCACCGAGGUAGACGAGUCGCUGUCCGUGUCCUUCGAGCAGGUGCUGCCGGCCGGCGACGCGGGGCUCAGCCUGCCCCUGCGCCUUGCGCGCCGCUCCACGUCCCCACACGAUGUGGACCUGUGCCUCGUGUCACCCUGUGAGUUUGCGCACCGCAAGCCGCCCCCUCCCACGUCUCCCGGCAGCUCGGACAGCAGCGCCCGUUCUCAGGAGCGGCCGCCCGAGACGCCGCCCACGUCGGUGAGCGGGUCGCUGCCCACGCUGUCUGACUCUGACCCGGUGCCGGUCGCGGACUCCGACGACGAGGCGGGCAGCGAGAGUGCAGCCAGGGACCCGCUGCCCACACCCCGUGUGCCGCCACCGCUGCCCGACGCGCCCGGCAUCUGCAUGGUGGACCCCGAAGCGCUGCCCCCCCGUGCCAGGCAGUCCCCCAACCCUGCCAAUCCUAGUCGCGGCCGCAAGGCCCCUGUGAGGCCGAGCUCCGCCUCUGCCGCCCCCAGAGCCGCGUCCUCAGCUGUGAAAACCAAGGGCCCUGCAGGGGACCGGGCCCGGCCACUCAGCGCCCGCAGUGAGCCCGCAGACAAGCCAGGCCGUGUGCCCCUCACCAGGAAGCCCUCGGUGCCCAAGACUGUCUCCAAAGUGGCCCCUGCCACGAGGCUCUCCUCGGGGCCUAACAGCCGCCUUGUGCCCCCUGCUGCCAGCUCCCCUGUCUACCUGGACCUGGCGUACCUGCCAGGCGGUGGCGCAGGCCGCCUGGACCAGGACUUCUUCCUGCGGGUGCGUGCAUUCUGCUAUGUUAUCAGCGGGCAGGGCCAGCGCCAGGAGGAGGGCCUGCGGGCCGUGUUGGAUGCACUGCUGGCUGGCAAGCAGCAGUGGGACCUUGACCUGCAGGUCACACUGAUCCCCACCUUCGACUCUGCGGUGAUGCACAGGUGGUAUGAGGAGACGCAUGAGCAGCACCAGGCGCUGGGCAUCAGGGUGCUGGGCAGCGGCAGCAUGGUGUCCAUGCAGGACGAGGCCUUCCCCGCCUGCAAGGUGGAGUUCUAGCCCCAUGCCGCAGUGCACCCUGGGGACAACAGUUCCUCGCUGUGUGCUCCAUGCUGAGAGCCGGACAGUGCACCUGAGUGAGCCGCUGACACUCCAGCUUCCAUCCCCACCACCGCAGAUGGGAGCCAUGCUUCUGUUGUAACUUGUUUGUGCUGGUCACAGGGCUGGCACAGCAACCCCCACCCCCGCCC